AUCUACCUGCGCAGCUGGUAAUCGCGAUCGGCCGAAAGGAUCCGACGCGAACAGCGGCCUGGCCACUGGGUGGGGUGGUACAUAAAAUAACGCGACGUAGACGGCAGACGGCAAUUUCACACGGACUGUGUCGCCGGAAUCGUGCAGCACGCUGAAGCUCGCUCGUGGAUUUUCCUUUGAUUCAACCGUAUCCACGUGGAUAGCCAGCUGUCAAGUGUCUACAUCGAACACGAUCACGUCUGAAUCUGGUACACGCGACAUGGAUGCCGACUCUUUCAAGGAUUUCGCCAAGGAAAUGGCCGAGUACAUUACUAAUUACCUGGAAAACAUCAGGGACAGGCGAGUGCUGCCGACGGUGGAGCCGGGCUACAUGAAACCCUUGUUGCCCUCCGAGGCCCCGCAGUCGCCGGAAAACUGGAUGGACAUCAUGGCGGACGUCGAAAGAGUGAUAAUGCCAGGCGUCACUCACUGGCACAGCCCGAAAUUCCACGCUUACUUCCCCACGGCGCAAUCGUAUCCAGGAAUCGUCGCCGACAUGCUCAGCGGCGCCAUCGCGUGCAUCGGUUUCACCUGGAUCUCAAGCCCCGCUUGCACCGAGUUGGAGGUGAUCAUGCUGGACUGGUUAGGAAAGAUGUUGGACCUGCCCAAGGAGUUUUUAGCGAGCAGCGGUGGGAAAGGUGGUGGUGUCAUUCAGGGGACUGCGAGCGAAGCCACUUUAGUCGCGCUGCUCGGCGCCAAGGCUAGAAAAAUCAGGCAGGUCAAGGAUCAGCAUCCUGACUGGUCGGACAACGAAAUUGUGGGGAAAUUAGUCGCUUAUAGUUCCUGUCAAGCGCACAGUUCCGUGGAACGAGCUGGUCUGCUCGGUGGUGUAAAAUUCCGACUGCUGGAGGUUGAUUCCAAGAACAAACUUCGCGGCGAGACGCUGGCGGAAGCGAUUCGCAAGGAUAAGGAACAAGGACUGAUCCCAUUCUACGUUGUCGGAACUUUGGGGACGACAAACUCCUGCGCGUUUGAUCGUGUCGACGAAAUUGGCGUGGUUGCAAAUCGCGAGAACAUUUGGUUACACAUUGAUGCUGCUUACGCUGGCUCGGCGUUCAUUUGCCCGGAAUUCCGAUAUUUAAUGAAAGGCACCGAACUGGCCGAUUCCUUCAACUUCAACCCGCACAAGUGGAUGCUGGUGACUUUCGAUUGUUCAACGAUGUGGCUGAAAGAUCCAACUUACGUAAUCAACGCCUUCAACGUGGAUCCUCUGUACCUGAAGCACGAUAUGCAAGGCUCCGCUCCGGAUUACAGGCACUGGCAGAUACCGUUGGGACGGAGGUUCAGAUCGUUGAAACUUUGGUUCGUGUUGAGGCUCUACGGCGUUGAGAAUCUCCAACGGCAUAUCAGAAAGCACGUUGCCCAAGCUCACGAAUUCGAGGCGCUGGUCCUUGCCGAUCCACGAUUCGAGAUCGUCGCGGAAGUCGUGUUGGGCCUUGUUUGCUUCCGAUUGAAGGGCUCGAACGACAUAAACGAGACCCUGUUGAAGAAGAUCAACGGCGCUGGGAACAUUCAUUUAGUACCGUCCAAGAUAAACGACGUGUACUUCCUGAGGUUCGCGGUUUGCUCGCGAUUCAGCGAGAGCAAGGACAUACAAAACUCGUGGAAAGAGAUAAAGCUCAGAGCAGACGAGGUCCUGGAGGAGCAGUCGGUUUCCAAGUGAUGGCGGGCUCAGAUAGCUCGUGGUUGCCGAUCAUUGGCGCCUGCAACCUGCAAUCAAUCCUAGUUUCUAGUUUCGUCUGUGUUUUGUCUCUGCUUGGAAGAAUCUUGGAAGAGAGUGGAACGCCCGGUCCAUGAACAAGGGAUCUGUUUCGCGUAUUUCGUGACAUUUUUAAAAAAGCACACGACAUUUGCAACAUGCUUCCUCUUUUCGUCAAGAAUCUUUCAAUAUUUUUGCUCCAAUAUUUAGUUCGGUCAUUCGUUCAAUUUUCAAAUCAGAUAUCGUCCCAAUAGUAUCGUCAAACCUUCAUUAGAGAUUUUUUGCAAAAUUGGAGUACUGUUCGAAGCUCUUCCCAAAAUCACACAAUUGGAAAUUCGGUGUUUAUUAAACUUUCUUGAUCUUUCUCUUUCACUUGCAACAAUUUGGAAGUUAUUCGGAGUUAUUCUUCUCGUGUUUUAAAAGCAAAAAAGUGUUCAAAAGCUAGCAAUGACAUUUGCCCAAAUUGCAAAUUAAUGGACGAGUGGCCCCUUCAACUUUUCAACCAGUGUACAUUGUACUAGAAAUUUACUGA